AUGUCAUCACCACCGCCGACAAAUCCCCUAAAACGUCCCUCAAUCUCAUCCUCCGCCUCCCAACCUCUCGGCACCAACCCUAAACGACCACGCAUGCACCCACUCCGUCAGACUUCCUUUCCGACGACUAUCGACGCGGAUACACGCGCAUACGGCGCUGCUAGCGAUGCAGGCAGUGUGACGGGCAGCUUCACUGGGAGUCUAGGGGGCACGAGCGCGGACGGUGUAUUUCGGAAUAAGAAGCGUGGGCGUAAGAGUAAGGCGGAGAAGGAGCGUGAGAGGGAGGAUGCGGCGAGAGGGGAGAUGCGGUCGUCUGUUGAUGCGGAAGGGUCUGUGAGAGCAGGUGCGACGGGCGGUGGAGGCGGAGAUGAUGGGGAUGAUGAUGAGGAUUUCGAGGAUGAAGGGGAGCUAUUGGGUAGAGAGGAAGGGGCCACAGAUACGGAGGCUGAGAAGAAAAAUCUUGC